CGUUAACUCGUGCAAAUGCAGCCAGCAUCAACUUUUGCAGCAUCGGAAAUACACGGCAGCAGGAAAAUUAACAGCUGCCAACAGCAAACAAUGUUUUGCCGCAACAUAUUGUAUACAAUAUCUACAUCCACAUCCACAUCCGAAUCCCAAUCUCGAUCCCAUCGUAACCGCAGUGUGGUGGCUUUAAAAAGAGCCAUGACUUCUCCAAAUGCAAUGCCCCUCAUUAUGCUGCUGCUGCUGGCACUGUGCACAGCUGGAAAUUGCCAAAUCUGCGGUCCGCCGGCGGUGCCGCUGAAUGCCAAGGUGCGAACCGUCACCGUCGACUCCCAGAUCGCGGAGGCGCACUACGAGUGCGAUGCUGGCUACGAGCUCUUUGGCUCCGCGUCGGUCAAGUGUGACGUCCGGACGGGCUGGGAGCGGGACCUGCCCUUCUGCGGGGUGAACGUGGCCUACCGGAAGCCGGUAAACCAGAGCUCCUACACACGCAGCGGUCCUGCGAGCUAUGCGAACGACGGCAAGCCGGGCAACAAGAAUCCCGAUGGCCAGGAGUGCUCCGAGACGCAAAAGGAGCCGUCGCCGUGGUGGCGCGUUGACCUCCUGACCCCGCAGGCGGUGCACGUGGUGCGGAUCACGACGCGCGGCUGCUGCGGUCACCAGCCGCUCCAGGAUCUGGAGAUCCGGGUGGGCAACAGCAGUGCGGAUCUGCAGAGGAAUCCCCUGUGUGCCUGGUAUCCCGGCACCCUCGACGAGGGCGUGGUCAAGACCUUCACCUGUGCACGACCUUUGGUCGGCCAAUAUGUGGCCAUCCAACUGGUGGGCGUCGAGGGCAGCUUGAGUCUCUGCGAGGUGGAGACCUUCACCAACGACGAGUUCUCCAUGGAUCGCUGCCUGAGUCCCAAAAUCGGAGUGGACACCGUGGUGACGACAUUUUCGAAAACCUGCUACGACUUUCAUAUCACAAAAGGAGAAAGCUUCGACAAGGCGCAGACCAUUUGCAAGCAGACAGGUGGCGACUUGGUACACGACUUUCGGGGCGCCACCAGUCAAUACAUCUUGUCCGAGCUGGAGCGCCGGAAGACCGAGCUGAAGCCGCAGCUCGUCUGGAUUGGCGCCCAAAAGGAGCCGGGCAUCACCUCGCGCACCUGGAAGUGGGUUAACGGGGAUGUGGUCCAAAAGCCGACCUGGGGCAAAGACCAACCGAACAACUACAACGGCGAGCAGAACUGCGUCGUCUUGGACGGAGGUCGCAACUGGCUGUGGAACGACGUGGGCUGCAACCUGGACUACCUGCACUUCAUCUGUCAGCACUCUCCAUUGUCUUGCGGCUCGCCGGAUGCCCAGCAAAACACCACUGUCAUGGGCAAAAAGUUCACUCUGGGCGAGAAGAUCCAAUACUCGUGUCCCAAGGGCCACUCGCUGCUCGGUCAGACGGAACGGGAGUGCCGCCUCGACGGCACUUGGAGCGGCUCCGCACCGACCUGCAAAUAUGUGGACUGCGGCAGUCUGCCGGAGCUGAAGUUUGGAUCCAUCCACAUGUCCGAGGAUCGGACGAGCUUCGGCGUGGUGGCCACGUACAGUUGCCACGAGAACUACACGCUGAUCGGCAAUGAGAACCGAACCUGUGCCAUCGAGGGAUGGAGUGGCAAGCAGCCGGAGUGCCUGGUGGACUGGUGUCCGGAUCCCCAGCCGAUUACCGGGGGAAAUGUGCGAUUCAGUGACAAGAGGGCAGGAUCCACGGCCACCUAUGUUUGCGAGCCGGGAUAUGUGCUGGUUGGCGAGGCGAUCAUCUCGUGUGGAUUGGGAGGAGAGUGGUCGAGCAAGACGCCUUCAUGCAGAUUCGUUGAUUGUGGAGCUCCAGUGCGACCAAAUCGAGGUAUAUCGAUCCUACUGAAUGGCACCACCACUGUAAAUUCUGUGGUGAAGUACGAGUGCGACGAGGAUCACUGGCUGGACGGGCAGUCGGAACUCUAUUGCACCCGGGAUGGCAAGUGGUCGGGCGAGGCUCCGGUCUGCGAGCUGGUCACCUGCGAAACGCCACCUGUCCCAUCUGGAUCCUUCGUCAUCGGCUACGACUACAAUGUCCACUCGAAGAUCCAGUACAACUGCGAUCCCGGACACAUCAUGCAUGGAACCCCGGUUCUCGAGUGCCUGGACAGCGGGGAGUGGAGUGCUGAUGCUCCAUAUUGCGAAUACAUCGAUUGUGGUCAAAUCCUACCCAUCCCGUAUGGCACCCACAAGUACGUGACGAACAGCACCUAUGUGGGUUCGGAGGUGGUCUUCAGCUGUGCCCAGUCCCACAAACUCAGUGGGGUCUUGAAGCGCACGUGCCUGGAAUCGGCGGUCUGGAGCGAUACCUCACCCAAGUGCGAAGAGAUUCGCUGUCCCGAACCAAAACUGGCUGCCCACAGUCUGCUCUCAGUUACUGGCAACGAUCGUAUGUACGGACGCACCCUCAUUCGCACCGCUGAAUCCACACAGAACACUCAGACCUACAAAAUUGGCGCCCUGGCCAAGUACCGAUGCGAACGGGGUUACAAGAUGGUCGGAGAGGCCCUGGCCACCUGCACGGAUAGUGGUCAAUGGAGUGGUUCUAUUCCAGAGUGUGUCUAUGUAGAAUGCGGGGCACCGGAGAGCAUCAACAAUGGUAAGGUGGUCCUGGCCACGAAUGCUACUUACUAUGGAGCCGCCGUCCUCUACGAGUGCAAUGUGAACUUCAAGUUAAACGGAGUCUCGCGCCGCCUGUGCACGGAGCAUGGAAACUGGAGCCACGAAGCUCCAGAGUGCGUGGAGGUCGUCUGCGAUACGCCCAAUAUCAGCGAGAACCUCAUCGUGGAGGCCGGUCCACGGGCCGUGGGAUCCGUGGCCACCUUUAAGUGCUCCAAGGGUAGAAUCAUGAUGGGCAAUGACACACGCGUAUGCCAGAAGAACGGCAAAUGGGCCGGCAAAAGUCCCACAUGCAGACCUGUCGACUGCGGACGCCCCCUAGCAAUUGAGAACGGCCGUGUGAUCGUGGUCAACGAUUCGACCUUAUAUGGUGGAUCCGCCGAGUACCACUGCAUUCCCAACUACAACCGAAUCGGGCAGUAUCUGCGCAAGUGCACCGAGGACGGAGCCUGGAGCGGAAAGCAGCCGCGCUGCGAACUGUCCACCACGGAGGGUCACGAGACCUCGGAACUGGGCACGGGCGUGGGAAUCGGAGCCACAGUGAUCGUGGCCCUGCUGGUGAUCUUUGGCCUGAUCUUCCUCUAUCGCAACAAGGCGAGACCCGUUAAGAACACAGAGAAUGUCCAGGCGGCGGAGACGAAGGACGAGCGAAAUGCCGCCGUGAUGUCGUAUUCCACGCUGGAGGCCAACAACCGGAUGCACAUGGACAACAAUCCCUCGGCGACGUUCAACACGUUCCACGGAGGAGCCGGCGGACGGAGCGUUCCCGGCGGCAAUCCAGAUGCCACCAGCAGCGGGGAAAGACUGAACAACAAUCGGUCGGAAAACAUUUACGAUCAAAUACCAAACGAGCAGUUCUACGAUGCUCCCUACGAGAUGCGCACCAAUGACGAGGUUUACGAACCGGAACCGGUGGCCAGUAACGUCAUCACCAUCAACGGCAUUUCCGUGAGAUAGAUAUUAUAGAUACUAUGCGUAUCUUAUUGAAAUCCAAAGGAGGCACCGGAUGGCAGCAUUAAUUACCGAACGUUUAACGUUUAGUUUUGUGUUAAUAACUGUACAUAUUAUUUGUUUAAGGGAGGUUUUGAGUUACUCGUAGUUCGCCUAAAUCUUAACUUUGGUCACCCCACGCACUUGUACUGUAGUAGCCCCCUCGUAUAAAUUAGGCCUAUCCAUAUAUGUACCGCAUAAUCUAUCUGUAUACUUACUUAUACUCCACUGCCCAUGUACUGAAAUCGAUUUGUCGAGUAGGAAUUUGAAUUUGUAAUUUGGACCACGAGCCAAGAGAUUGAUAUGAUAUCCCUAUAUCUAUUUGCUCCAUAUUCCCCAUAUUCAUACUCGUAUUUGUUUGUGUUGUUUAAAUUAUUUUAACUAUGUAGUGAGGAGUGAACAAUUUUUGUUAUGCAAUGUGUAAGAACUCGCCAAUGUGUGUUUGUAAAAAGCGUUAAUUUUACGAACAAUUAAACGAUUGUGGUUGACUAAUUUAUUAUGAUUGAUGGAAAA